GUUUCCAUAACAAAGAUGGCGACAUAAACAAGCCGAUGCAAGUCUGAACGAUAUUCCAUCUGGAAAUCCCGGGAAAAUGACUGCUAUGGCGAAGAAUCGUCUUAAAAGUUCUUGGACACCUUUGAACAAUACUGAAACUAACAAUAAAGUGAGACUAAACUGGAUUUUCAUAGGCUUUUUUAACACUUACCGCCACAUUUUCAACUAAUUGCUUUAUAAUUUUGAUAAAAAUAUUACAUUGAAAGUAAUUUAUAUUUUUAGCUAUUCGACGAAAGAAGACACUUGGUUAACAUUUGGUUUGAUAAAUGGUCAGAUGUUCAACGAAAAAUUAUACUUGACGAAUUGGUACUAAAAUGCAAGCCGAAACAAUUGGAAUAUCUAGAUGAAAUUGUAGGAAAGUCAAAACCAGUGAAAAAAAUGGAUUUUACGGCAGCACUGCCAAGAGUUUUAUCCAUUUAUAUAUUUUCUUUUCUUGAUCCUCGAAGUUUAUGCAGAUGUUCUCAGGUAUCAUGGCAUUGGAAGAAUAUUACAGAAUUAGAUCAGAUAUGGAUGCCGAAAUGUAUAAAGCUUGGUUGGAUGCUGCCUUUUACGCCGGAUCCAUAUGAAAUAGGUGUAUGGAAACGUCAAUAUAUAGAGAAUAUAAUAACUUUGAAAUGUAUGACACCAAUAAAGCCUAAGAGCUCAAGAACCCCGAGAACUCCAAUAAGCCAAUCGAAACCGAAUACAGCGAGAGAAGCGCGAUCGUCUUCCGCCAGUAGACCACCAUGGAAGGGAAGUGAUCCCGUUCCCAAGGAUAUUUGGAGAAACAAUUAUCUUGAUAAUAAGGAUGAAGUUGGCAUAGUUAAAAAAUUACGAGAAACUGGGAAAUAUUUCAACCAAGAAAGUAUUUCGAAAAGAGUAAAUACCGGAAAACAUGUCCAAAUUCCCCGAUCGAAAUCUGUAACGACAGGGGAUAUAAAUAAAUAUACAGGAGAAAGACCUUCAUGGGCAGUUACUAAUGGCAAUGGUACAUAUGCUCUCGACUUAAAUACUUCAAGACCAGCUCCAGUCCAACGCCAACCUAAAGCAAGACCGAAAAGUGGGAAAAGAACUAAUAGGGAUCCUCCAGUUGAUCCUUUGUUUACCGAUAGACCUUGGAAUUUGAUAAAUGAUGAUGACGAAUGUUAAAUAUUUAGUUUAUUAGUUUACUUAAAGGGCUGUCGUGGGUUUACAAUGAGAAAAUCAGUUUUUGAUAUUUACUAUAUAUAUAUAUAUAUAUAUUUAUAUAUCUGAAGAUGUUGAAUGUUAGAGAAAACAGAAUACAAUUCAUUAAUA